UUUUUCACCAGAGAGAUGGGCUUCCAACGGUGGCAUAAUGACUUUGGAAAGUUAAGAGUGCUGGGUGGAGAUUGUGGGACAGAUUGGGGCCAACCGGGACAGACGGGAUCUUCGGGACGAGCGGGAGGUUUCACUGAGGGCGUGAGCCCCCUUAGAUUGGGUAGGAUCCCGCAGGAGGCUCGGGUUCGCCCAGGCCUACCCAGGAUUCCCAAGUCCCUCCCGGAGCGAAAGGCCCGGGAUUCCCGGGAGGCUCCGGGGAGCGGGCGGGGCCGGGGGCGGGGCGGCGGCAGGAAGCGGCCGGAGCGGCGCUCGGAGCGGCCUGAGCCCGGGGAAGCCCGGCCGGCCUCGGGUGCCAUGGCCUCACGGCUCCUGCACCGGCUGCGGCACGCCCUGGCCGGCGACAGCCCGGGGGAGGCGGCGGCCGGCCCGGAGGCCGAGCAGUUCCCGGAGAGCUCGGAGCUAGAGGACGACGACGCCGAGGGCCUGUCCUCCCGCCUCAGCGGCACCCUCAGCUUCACCAGCGCCGAGGACGAAGAGGAGGACGACGAGGACGACGGAGACAUUGGCCCCGACCCGCUGCCCGCCGGGGACGGGGCGUCGGGGGAAGAUGCAGAACGAAGCCCCCCACCUGAUGGGCAGCGGGGCAGUCAGCCCCUCACAAGGCAGUUGCAGGAUUUCUGGAAGAAGUCCCGGAACACCCUGGUCCCCCAGCGUUUGCUCUUCGAGGUGACCAGCGCCAACGUGGUCAAGGACCCGCCCUCCAAGUACGUGCUCUACACCCUCGCCGUGAUGGGUCCAGGGCCACCUGAUCGCCAGCCAGCCCAGAUCUCUCGCCGCUACUCGGACUUUGAGCGGUUGCACCGAAACCUGCAGCGACAGUUCCGGGGCCCCAUGGCCGCCAUCUCCUUCCCCCGGAAGCGCCUGCGCCGGAAUUUUACCGCGGAAACCAUCGCCCGCCGCAGCCGGGCCUUCGAGCAGUUUUUGAGCCACCUGCAGGCAGUGCCCGAGCUGCGCCAUGCCCCGGACCUGCAGGACUUCUUCGUGCUGCCUGAGCUGCGACGGGCACAGAGCCUCACCUGCACUGGCCUCUAUCGUGAGGCUCUGGCACUCUGGGCCAAUGCCUGGCAGCUGCAGACCCAGCUAGGCACCCCCUCUGGCCCAGACCGCCCUCUGCUGACCCUGGCUGGGCUGGCUGUGUGCCACCAGGAGCUGGAGGACCCUGGGGAGGCCCGGGCGUGCUGUGAGAGGGCCUUGCAACUGCUGGGGGAUAAGAACCCCCACCCUCUGCUGGCACCCUUUCUGGAGGCCCACGUGCGGCUCUCCUGGCGCCUGGGCCUGGACAAACGCCAAUCAGAGGCCCGCCUCCAGGCCCUGCAGGAAGCAGGUCUGACCCCCACGCCACCCCCCAGUCUCAAAGAAUUGCUCAUCAAGGAGGAACUGGGGGAGAAGCCCCAGGCCAAGCUGGUACCUCUGGCUACAGCUUGCUCUCUGAGACCCGGGACUUCACUCGGAUCACGCCCUCUUGAGCACAGGACACAGCCAGGAUGCCGUCACGACGCCACAGCCGCCCUUGGACCAGCCCCCGGGAGCCACCUGCGGGUGAGGAGAAGGGUGAGAAUGACCUUCUCGCUCCUUCACAGCCCAGCAUAAUGUGCUUCUUGAAAAGGGUGCAACUGGUCUGACAGCCCCAUACAAGGGCACACUGAGUGUUGUGGCCCCUUCCAAUCGCUAGGUGCCCCUUUAUGAGCCUAUUAUGGGUGGUCCCUGGGGGUAACUCCUGUGGGAACCCCGCUUGACAGUUUGAAAGCACUUUCACAUAUUCACUGGCUUCCUCAAAAAGAUCACAGGGGAGGAGUUCUGAGGACAGUCUUGGUCAGUAGCUUGGCCGGGUCGAGCCACCCACCCUGGCCACUUGUGGUAGCAAACCUGUCACUUCCCUUUCUAAUAAAUGAAACCGGUCCUCCA